UGUGCUAAAAGGUAAGUGUGCAAAGUGAAAAGAAUCUUAUGUAUUCACAAAACAAUUUUAGUAACUAAAAGAAGGCAUAAUAUUGUCUUGUAUGCCAAAAGGCCUUUAUAAGGCAUCAAAGGCCUCCCACAUAUCUGUUUCAAACCAAGAAAGCUUCUCCUCCUCCCAUCACCACCACCACCACUACCACUGCCGCUAGGAAGCGGUAGCGGUUUUGAGAUGGCAAGGAACGAAUGGAUAAACGGGUACUUGGAGGCGAUCUUGGACUUAGGAGCAAAUUUGAAGACUCAAAAUGGAGUUGAUACAAAGAUGAAGCUGGAAAAGCUUCAAGACAACGUCAAGCGCGAUAAACACUUCAGUCCCACCAACUACUUUGUUGAAGAAGUUGUUAAUAGUGUUGAUGAAUCCGACCUCCACCGAACCUGGAUCAAGGUUAUAGCAACGAGGAACACUCUUGAAAGAAGCAACAGGCUCGAGAAUAUGUGUUGGCGGAUUUGGCAUCUCACCCGUAAAAAGAAGCAGAUAGCAGUAGAUGAUGCACAAAGACUGGCAAAACGCCGUAUUGAACGGGAAAAAGGUCGCCAUGAAGCCGCAGAAGAUCUUUCAGAACUCUCAGAAGGCGAAAAAGAAAAGGAUGAAUCCCAGCCAAUUAGCAAGAUUUCACGAAUAAACUCUGAAAUGGUAAUGUGGUCAGACGAAAGCAAAUCUAGACAAAUUUAUAUCGUUCUCAUCAGCAUUCAUGGGUUGGUGCGAGGCGAAAACAUGGAACUGGGGCGGGAUUCUGACACGGGUGGGCAAGUGAAAUACGUGGUAGAACUUGCACGGGCAUUGGCUGACAUGGAAGGUGUCAUACGGGUUGAUUUGCUGACUAGACAAAUAGCGUGCCCGGAUGUGGACUAUGGUUAUGGUGAGCCCAUAGAGAUGCUCUCGUCUCCACCUGAAGGUUCCGGUAACUGUGGAGCCUACAUUGUUCGUAUCCCUUGUGGACCCCGUGACAAGUAUGUAUUCAAAGAGUCACUAUGGCCGUACAUCCCAGAAUUUGUCGACGGGGCACUAAGCCACAUUGUCAACAUGGCAAGAGCUUUAGGAGAGCAGUUCGACGGUGGGAAGCCGAUGUGGCCGUAUGUGAUUCACGGUCACUAUGCAGACGCAGGUGAAGUUGCGGCCCGUUUGUCUGGUUCCUUGAAUGUGCCUAUGGUGCUGACUGGACACUCGCUUGGAAGGAACAAAUUCGAGCAGUUACUAAAACAAGGAAGGCUUUCUAAAGAAGAUAUUAAUUCAACGUAUAAGAUAAUGAGAAGGAUUGAAGGUGAAGAGUUAGCAUUAGACGCUGCUGAAAUGGUGGUGACUAGUACACGACAAGAAAUUGAAGAACAAUGGGGUUUGUAUGACGGUUUUGAUGUUAAGCUCGAGCGGAAACUUAGGGUUCGGAAGAGAAGAGGAGUGAGUUGUCUUGGAAGACACAUGCCUAGGAUGGUGGUAAUUCCACCAGGCAUGGACUUUAGCUAUGUCAAGACCGAAGAUUCAAUCGAAGGUGACGGGGAUCUUGAAUCGAUAAUUGGUCGUGACAAAGCGUUAAACAAAAUGGCAGUACCUCCUAUAUGGACUGAGAUCAUGAGGUUUUUCACAAAUCCACACAAACCAAUGAUCCUAGCAUUGUCGAGACCGGAUCCUAAAAAAAACGUUACCACGUUGCUCAAAGCUUUCGGAGAAUGUCAGGCGCUUCGAAAACUAGCUAACUUGACGCUUAUACUUGGGAACAGGGAUGACAUAGAAGAUAUGUCGAGUAGCAGUUCAGUAGUUCUUACGACAGUUCUCAAGUUAAUCGACAGGUACGACUUGUAUGGACAGGUGGCAUAUCCAAAACAUCAUAAGCAGAUCGAGGUACCUGAUAUUUAUCGUCUGGCUGCAAAAACGAAGGGUGUUUUCAUCAACCCGGCUCUGGUGGAACCAUUCGGCCUGACUAUCAUAGAGGCAUCGGCUUAUGGUCUACCAGUCGUUGCAACAAAGAACGGUGGCCCCGUAGAUAUACUCAAAGCACUAAAUAACGGUCUACUAGUGGACCCACAUGACCAAAAAGCCAUUGAAGAGGCUCUACUGAAGCUUGUUGCAGAUAAAAACCUAUGGAUCGAGUGCCGUAAGCAUGGCCUAAAAAACAUCCACCGUUUCUCAUGGCCGGAACACUGCCGGAAUUACCUCUCGCAUCUUGAACAUUGCAGAAACCGCCAUCCAACCACCCGUCACAAGAUAGUUCCCACCAACGAAGAACCAAUGAGUGAGUCGUUACGCGAUGUUGAAGAUUUGUCUUUAAGAUUCUCCAUCGAUGGUGACAUAAAAGCCAACGGAGACGUAGAUCCAGCAACCAGACAAAAAGAACUUAUAGAAACGUUCACCAAAAUGUCUACCACAAAUAGAAAACCAAACACGAGCUACAGUCCGGGAAGAAGGCAAGCACUUUACAUAAUAGCCGUUGAUUCUUACGAUACCGAUGGAAACCCGACGGAGACGUUACCGGUAAUAAUUAAAAAUGUGAUGGAAAUUGCGGUUGCAAAUCCGGGGGAGAUAGGUUUUAUAUUUUCGACAGGGUUAAGUUUACAGGAGACGAAAGAAUUGCUAAAUAAAUGCCAAGUUAACGUCGACAAAUUUGACGCAUUGGUUUGUAGUAGUGGAAGUGAACUAUACUACCCAUGGCGAGAUCUAACGGUUGAUGAAGACUACGAUAAUCACACCGAGUAUCGAUGGCCACAAGAAAAUGUGAGAUCAACGAUCAUGAGAAUUGCGAGGUUAGAAAACGAAGAUGAUGAUAAUAUGGUGGAAGAAACAAAGACGUAUAACUCUCAUUGUUACACAUACAUCAUCAAACCAGGAGCCAAGACCCGGAGGGGGGAUGAUCUGCGCCAGAGGCUAAGAAUGUAUAGCUUCCGUUGCAACACUGUUUUCACACAUGCUGCAAAUAGGUUAAACGUGAUACCCUUAUUUGCAUCAAGAGCUCAGGCAUUAAGGUACCUAUCAAUUAGAUGGGGAAUGGAUCUCAGCAAAAUGUUUGUGUUUGUGGGCGACAAAGGGGACACAGAUUACGAAGAUCUCCUUGUGGGUCUCCACAAGACGGUUAUUCUAAAGGAUUCAGUGGAAUACGGCAGUGAGAAGCUUCUUCGCAGUGUAGAAAGCUUUAAGAAAGAAGACAUGGUCCCUGCGGAGAACACAAACAUAGUCGUUUCAAACGGGUAUGAAGUGCAUGAUAUCAGUGCAGCUUUGAAGACUCUUGGGAUACAUUGAUUUCUUUGUAACGAUAUUUUAUCGUAUUAUGUCCAUUCCUUGGAUAGGAAUGACAUGUUCAUAUCUUAUAGAUAAGACGAAUAGCGCUUAAAACAUAGCUCUACAGAAAAGAAAUAAAAAAAUAUAUACGUGAUUAUACCAUGUUGA